AUGCGCGCGGCCCGGCACCGGGCGGUAGUGACGCAGUACGCCUGCGCCCGGGCGGGUGACUCCGGCCCUGCGCAUGCUCCCUAGGCGCCGCGCGGCCGACUGCGCAUGCGCAGCGCUGCGGCGGGAAGCCGGAGGGGCCGGGCGCGGGAGCAGCAGCGAGCGGCCGACAUCAUCCGCCUCCUGUCGCUCUACCGGCCCCUGCUCGACGCCUACGUCAUCGACUUCUUCGCCGAGGGGCUGUGGGCACAGCUCCCCCCGCCCUGGCAGGCCGCCCUGGCCACUGCCACCGCCCCACAGCUGGCCGCGCUCCUGGGGGGCCGGGGGGGGCCGGGGGCCACCUGGCCCCUCUCCCUCCUGGCCUUCGCCGCCGCCACCCGGGCCCUCGCCUUCCCCCGCGGCCGCCCGGGGGGGGCCCCCCGCCCCCCCUGCCAGAGCACCCGCCUGCACCCCCUGCUCCGCCGCCACGUCAAGCCCAAAAAGCAGCACGAGAUCCGGCGCCUGGGGAAGCUGCUGCAGCGACUGAGCCAGGCCACCGGCUGCGACCGUGUGGUGGACGUCGGAGCGGGGCAGGGUCACCUCUCGCGCUUCCUGGCCUUCGGCCUCGGCUUAUCCGUCACGGCAGUGGAGGGCGACGGCCGCCUGGCCGGCAUGGCAGAGCGCUUUGACCGGGAGCUGCUGCGGGAGCUGGGGAAAACGGGGGUGCUGGGAAACGAGGGGCCCCCCCGGCACCGCCAGAACCCCCCCCGCCACCCCCCAUCUCCCCUCACCCCCCGGUGCCCACGCCACGUGGCCGGCCGCCUGGAUCCCACGGCUCCCUGGGGGGAGUUCCUGCUGCCCCCCGACCCCCUGGGGCCGGGUCCCGCCGCCAAGAACCCGUUGGGGGGUCCGGGGGGGUCCGAGGGUGGGGAGCAGGUGCUGGUGACGGGGCUGCACGCCUGCGGGGACCUCAGCCCGGCCCUGCUGCGCCACUUCGCCCGCAGCCCCGCCGUGGCCGCAGUCGCCUCGGUGGCCUGCUGCUACAUGAAGCUGUCCACCCCCCCAGAGCUCCCCGGUUCCCCCCCCGGCUACCCCCUAAGCACUUGGGUAGCCGGUUUACCGGGCCAUGAGCUCUCCUACCGGGCACGGGAAGCUGCCUGCCACGCGCUGGAGGAAUACGGGGGACGGUUGUGCACGGAGAGCGGCUCUCUGCGCGCCCACUGCUACCGCGCUGUCCUCGAGACCCUCAUCCGGGCGGCCGACCCCAGCAAGAAGCGCCUGGGUGUGCAAACGGUGAAGAAGGCGCACGCCCUCAGCUUCCCCCAGUACGCCCGCCUGGGGCUGCCCCGCGUGGGGCUGGAUCCGGCUACUGUCCCGCUGGAGACGGAAGCCGUCGGGGCCAUGCUGGAGCAGCAGCACAAGGUGGUGGCUUUCUUCAGCCUCACCCUGCUGCUGGCUCCGCUGGUGGAGACCCUCAUCCUCCUCGACCGCCUGCUCUACCUGCGGGAGCAAGGUUUCCAGUGCGGUCUCAUCCCUCUCUUCGACCCCCGGUUCUCCCCGCGCAACCUGGUGCUGGUGGCCGCGCGGACCCCCCUGGGCGCGGUGCUGGCAGGCCUGGACGAGGACAGCAGUGAGGACGAGGACACGGGGGGGGCAGAGCCCCCCGGACAGGCGCAGAGCCCCUCAGCUCCCGGUGCCGGGCGGGAAUCGCAAUAA